UUUUACACAAUCAGCGCCAAACUGUCAAUCACUCGGAAAAGAACCAAAAAAUAAUUUAUAUAUAUAUAUAUAGCAAUUAGAAAAAUCUUGGGUCUACACUCUUCCCCUUUUUCUCACUUUCUCACUUCGGCCACUUCUCACCAUUUUUGCUGCCUAAUAUUAUUUUCUUCUUCCAUUACUAUUUUGGGUCACUAUCAAUAUCAUCCUCGAUUCUCAUUUUAUUUCUAUUGCUGUGUUGCGGUAUCAAUUGAGGCUCAUACCCACUUUCUUUAUGGAAUGUUGUUUAAUGUAGAUCAUUGUAAUCUUAGUUUUUCAUAUGGCAAGAAAUUUUCGCCAUUAUUACCAUUUCCUUUACUCUAGUCUUUAGACCCCGAUUCUUAAUUCAUUCCCCGCUAUUUCAGAGGGAAGAAUUCUAAGUUGGAGAUGAGGAAUUUUUCUUGUUUAGUUUCCGGCGAUCGGGGUUUUGGAUUGCCGUUUGGUGCUGCCAAUUUGCCCUCGAUUGCGGUUAAUGGGUCUCAAGCUCAAACAGUGAAUGACUAUGGCGAGGAGUGUGAUUCUGGAUCCGACAUGGACUUGUCGUUUGACUCGGGGAGUGAAAAUCAUAGCCGACAUUACUCGGUCGCCAUAUCUCCUCAAGAUGACAAAGUUCACUGUCAUUCGACUGCUAUUAAUGGCGUUCAAUUGGGUAAUCAAUUAAACAAUCGUUGUUCUGAAAUGGGUUAUUACGGGAUUGGUUUAGUUCCGGAGGUAGUUCGAUCAAAACCAGAAUAUAGUCAUGGAGGAGUCAAAACGUUGGAUUCGGCUACGACUUCCAGUACUGAAGUUUCGUUUGGUAAAUCGAACGACGUUUCUUCUGGUGAUACUGAUGGUUACGCUGCUGCUUUCGAUCAGAUGAAGUAUGGUGGAGGAAUAGGGAAUAAAAUGCAUAUGAAUUUUGAUAUUCCGACUGCUCCUCCAUUAAAUGUUCGUGAUCAGGAAAUCAAGGCGGUUAAGGAUCAAGCUUCAACUUGUAAACCAUAUAAGGCUUAUGUUUCUGCCACAAGAAAUGAACAAAUAGCACCAGAAAGCUGUUUAGGCCAAAAUGGACAAGCUACAAAGAUUGAAAUUUCCAAUGCAUCGGCUAGGAAUGCUGCUGGUCUCAGAGUUGCAUCGCCUUCUUUUUCAGUUCCUGCCCGCCUCCCAAAUUAUAGAGCAAUAGGGCAAGGUUCAUGGGGUGCUGUUAUUUCUUACGAAGCAUGUGUUAGGCUAUGCCUUCACUCGUGGGCUCAAGGUCAUUGUACAGAAGCUCCCUACUUCUUGAAUGACGAGUGCAAAUUUUUGCGCGAUGGGUUUGGUUUACGGAAAACACUACUGCAACCAGAAGAGGAUCUCUUGGCAAAACCUCCCUCAGGGUUGGCCAGUGAAGAAACUGCUCCAAAAUCCAUAAGAAGUCUUGGGAAAAUUAAAGUUCAGGUGCGUAGAGUGAAAAUGGGACUGGAGCCACCAACCAGCUGUGGUCUUUCAUGUAUAACGCAAUCCACCAUCAAAAUGGAAAGUCUUAAUGCACAUUUAUUAACUAUAAAGCGAACCCUUCACUCCGAAUGGAAAGCCAAACAAAAGGUUCGAGUAGCUCAUCAUCUUCCUGCGAACUCAACUGGUUCGUUCUCUCAUCAUAGCUUGGCUUAUAUGAAAGCUGGCUCUCAGUAUGCCAAACAGAUCUUGGCAAUCAUUAAAACUGGCGCAGUUUCUUUAUGUCAUAUCUCGCCAACUUAUGAAGUAGUGCAAGAAACAUAUUCUUGCUUGCUGAGACUAAAAAGCUCAUCUGAUGAUGAGGUUGUUAAAAUGCAACCAGCAUCUGGUGAAACUUAUUUAUUCUUUCCUGAUAGUCCCGGAGAUGAUUUAGUAGUCGAAGUUAAGAAUUCCAAAGGACAGCAUUAUGGUCAUGCCGUAAUUCAAGUUGCUGCCAUUGCGGAUGAUUCAGAUGAAAAGACACUAUGGUGGCCCAUGUAUCGAGAGCCAGAGCAUGAACUUGUUGGAAGAAUACAACUGCAUACAAGCUAUUCUACAAGAAGCCCAGAUGACAACAAUAGUCUUAAGUGUGGCUUUGUUGCUGAGACUGUGGCAUACGACAUCUUGUUAGAAGUUGCAAUGAAAGUCAGCCAUUUUCAGCAAAGAAAUUUGUUGUUAGAAGGACCAUGGAGGUGGUUACUGCACAAAUUUGCUACUUACUAUGGAAUAUCUGAUUCAUAUAGUAAGCUACGGUACCUUUCAUAUGUUAUGGAUGUUGCCACACCCACUGAAGAUUGCCUGUCUUUAGUGGAGGAAUUGUUGCAACCACUUAUAAUGAAGCAAACAGGGAGGGGUUCCUUGAGUCGUCAAGAGAGUCGCAUGCUAUUGGAGAUAAAAGAACAGAUUGAGAAGAUUCUUGCUCUCAUUUUUGAGAAUUAUAAGUCACUCGACGAAUCUUCACCUUCAGGGAUGAUGGCUGUCUUUGGUAGUGCAAGUGGUUUUGUGGCUCCUGCUUUAACUCGCUCUGUCAAGCUAUAUGCUCUCCUGCAUGAUGUUUUGAGUCCCGAGGCGCAACUGAAAUUAUGCAGAUAUCUACAAGCUGCUACAAAGAAAAGAUCAAAAUUUAUAUUAGCAGAAGUAGAUGAAAUUAUAUCAAGCAGUAAAGAGGGCACAUUGAUCGAUUCUGUUAUUCUAUCAACUGCUUACCAGAAGAUGAAAACUGUGGUAUGGAAUAUUAGAAACGAAGUGAUGACUGAUAUCGAAAUCCACCAUCAAAAUGUGCUUCCCAGUUUCAUAGACUUGCCAAACCUUUCUUCAUCCAUCUACAGUGUGGAGCUGUGCAAUAGAUUGCGAGAUUUUCUCAUGGCCUGUUCACCUCCAGGUCCAUCCCCUUCUGUGACGGAACUUGUCAUUGCUACGGCUGAUUUCCAGCGGGAUCUUGCUCAGUGGAACAUCAGUCCUGUCAAAGGCGGAGUUGAUGCCAAAGAGCUGUUCCACUCAUACAUUACAGUUUGGAUUCAAAGUAAACGUCUAGCUUUGCUCGACUUGUGCAAACAGGACAAGGUACAACCAUAUGGAGCCAGACCGGAAAGCUCAACAUUGCCAUUUGUCAAUUAUAUAUAUGAUAGGCUAAAGGAGACACUAAAUGAAUAUGAAGUCAUCGUUAGUCGCUGGCCGGAAUAUGCAAACAGUCUAGAACAGGCAACUGCAGAUAUUGAGAAGACAAUUUUUGAAUCCUUGGAAAGACAAUACUCUGAAGUUUUAUCCCCAUUAAAGGAUAAUUCAGUGCCCAUAAUGGUUUCCAAAUAUUUCCAGAAGUUUUCCAGACAAUCAGUGGAUACAUUUUUUAUACCAGAUGAGUUGGGAAUUCUUUUGAAUACGAUGAAGAGGAUACUGGAUGAGCUUAUGCCUCAGAUAGAACGCAAACUGAAUUCACUAGCAUCUUCUUGCAUGACUGAUGAAGGUCGUGGUAAAGGUGAAUAUCUCAGCGAAGUAACUCUGGUACUCAGAGCCAAAUUCAGGAGUUACCUGCACGCAGUUGUAGAGAAACUCGCAGAAAAUACAAGGGUCCAAAGUGCAACAAAAUUGCGGAAGAUAAUACAGGACACAAAGGAAGCGAUGAUAGAUUCAGAAAUACGAAGCAGAAUGCAGCCACUGAAGGAUUUACUGAUGAACACAAUCCAUCAUCUCCACCCCGUCCUUAACAACGGAGUCUUUGUAGCAAUCUGCCGACGUUUGUGGGAUCGAAUGGGACAAGAUCUUCUACAUCUCCUAGAAAACAGAAAGGAGAGCAUGUCCUCAUAUAAAGGCUUACGCAUUGCGGUUUCUGCUUUAGAUGACGUGUUUGCGUCGGAAAUGCAACGGUUGCUCGGAAAUGCGCUGCAACGAAGGGACUUGGAGCCACCAUCUUCGAUCAUGGAAGUGCGUUCAAUUCUCUGUAAGGAUGCCACCAAUUUUUGAACAAACGCACGCAAUCAAAUAUAUGUAUAUACAAAGAUUCUAAUUUCGAGCUUCUCUCUCUCUCUCUUUUUU